AUUCUUUGGCUUGGAUAAAUCUUCAGUGGGACGAUUAGUUGACUGUACAGGCUCAUGCUUUCCUAGGAAAUUGGGCCAUGGCAGCUCAUCUCACAGAUGUGGAUUCAUUUGCUGGUCCCACUAGUUCUUUAGUCAGUGCAUCUAGGAACUCACCUGUGGAAGAUGAUGAUGUUGUGUUUGUUGAAUCAAUACAGCCUCCAGUUUGUGCUCCAGCAAGAGAUGAGGAAAGAAACUUUGUAUUUUCAUCUUCAAAACAUGAAAAUCCACAAGGAAAUUAUUUCAUAAUUCCUCCUUCUUUAAGAGAUUUGACUUCUCAGAAGGGAAAUACAUAUGAAACAAUUGUUAUUGAUGAUGAAGGGGACACAGAAACAAAUGGAGGGGAGGAGAAAACUCCUACCAAUUUUACUGAUUGGGGACUUCUGGGAAACAAAGAUAGUACCAAAAAUUUGGAUUUCUUCAUUUCCAGUGUAUCAAGAAGUAAGACCAAGACUGGAGUAGGACCUUUUAAUCCUGGUAGGGUGGAUGUAGCAGAUGCACUCCAGAAUGGAAGAUUUGCAGUACACCACAAUCCUGAUUCUUGGAUCUCCCAAUCAGCAUCAUUUCCUCGUAAUCAGAAACAGCAAGAGAUGGAUUCUUUAUCACCAGUGGCCUCACUUCCUAAACAGAAUUUCCAGCCCUCAAACCAACAUCUUAAUAAACCUGCUAAAAUCACUUGUGCAAACUGCAAAAAUCCUCUACAAAAGGGACAGACGGCUUAUCAACGAAAAGGAUCGGCUCAUCUCUUCUGUACAACCACCUGCCUUUCUUCUUUUUCUCAUAAGCGUACUCGAAAGACACGGAAUGUAACAUGUAAAAAAGAUUCUCCUGUGAAGACAGCAACCAUGAUUCCUCCAGUGGGGUCAAGCAAGUCCUUACCAGAACUUUAUAGUGCAUCUCUGUCUCCCUGUGAAUACUCCCAGAGUCUCAGAAAAGAAGUUUUUACUAAGUCAAGAUGUAUAAUGUGUAAUAAAUUAGGAGAGGUUCGACAUGAAAUCAGUGUUAACAAUGUAACACAUAAACUGUGUAGUAACAAUUGCUUUAAUGAGUACAGAUUUACUAAUGGUCUAAUAAUGAACUGCUGUGAACAAUGUGGCAAGUAUAUGCCCAAAAAUACUGGACACAGGGUCCUGAUUACAGGUCAGCAAAAGAGCUUCUGCAGUCAGAAUUGUGCCACUGAAUAUAAAGAGAUAAUGGAAACAAAAUCAAAAACAGCACUUUUACAAAACAGAAAAAGGAAUGCUGUCAGAGAAGAAAAGGAAAGAAAAUUUCAUGAAUCAAGUACACUUUCAGAAAAAAUAGGAGAAAUACCAGAAAAAAAGGAAAAGAUUUCAGAGAUAAUGAAAGCUGCAACACAAUGUAACCUAGAUCCAUGCCUGGAGGAGAAGCUUAUAAACUCACCCCCUGUGACAGUGGUACCUGAUAAACCUGAUGUAGUUCAAGAGCAAUUGGGAGACAAGGAUUCAGAAGAUUCUGGGAUGUCAGGUGUGCUAUCUUCAGAUCCAGGUUCAUGGCCCCGAAUACUGAAUAUGAAACAACGUGAUAUUCUUGUCAAAAAUGAUCCACCUCAAAUAAGAAAUUUUAAUUUUCCAAAAGACAGCACGGGGAGGAAGUUUUCAGAAGCAUACUACACACGGAUUCUUCCAAGUGGUGAGAAGACCACGAGGUCCUGGCUACUCUAUUCAGCCUCCAAAGACUCAGUGUUUUGCCUAUAUUGUAGACUCUUUGGGGAAGGAAAAAAUCAACUGAGAAAUGAAAAUGGGUGCAAAGAUUGGCAGCAUUUGUCACAUAUUCUUAGUAAACAUGAAGAAAGUGAAAUGCACAUCAACAAUAGUGUUAAGUAUUCAAAAUUAAAAUCCAACAUGAAAAGUAAAACUGAUGAAGGGAUAGAGCAUAGAUUGUAUGAAGAUGGGGAAGAUGGUGUGCUACUAUUGUAUACAUAAUGUCCUGUCUGCUCCAGACAUGAUAGUCAGUGUCUGCGUUACCCAGAGAAGUUUUGUGCCAGGAGCCACUAUCAUUACAUUGUGGCACUUAAGUGGAGGAACUUAGAGGAGUAUGUGUUACCAAUAUGUCUAAUAGCAAAUAAAUAGUAAAAAAUGCUGUUCUGGAUGAAAAAAUAAUUGGAGUGAGUAGUCAUUUUUGCAGAUUUUAGUAAAGACGGUUUGAGUUUUGUCACUAUGUAGGGCCUCACCUUGUAAAGUUGUUCUUAGAUGACUUCCACUUUGUGGCCUGAGAACCAGAGACAACAAAAUACAUAUAUAAUAAGCAUUUUUAACAUUGUUAGAGAAAAUAUAUUCAGGCUGGGAGUGGGGGCACAUGCCCUUCAUCCCAGUACUCAGGAGGCAGAGGCAGGUGGAUCUCUGUGAGAUUGAGGCCAACCUCAUCUACAGAGCAAAUUCUGGGAAAGCCAGGGCUACACAGAGAAACCCUGUCUUGAAAAACCAAAAAUGAAAAUAUAUUCAAGCAACCUAAGAACGAACAGAAUAGGAUCUGAAAUUACAGAUGUUUGCUUAUAAACCAAAUUUCGUUUUUCUUUCUUUAAAACAUUUUUCUAUUUGUGCAAAUCAGUGCAUUUGUUACAGUAAAUAAAGGUAAUUUGAAUUUUAUUU